UGUAGUAUGGUGCAGUCAGGAUAGGGAAUGCCUGCCAGCCAGCUCCUUCCCGAGUCUCUGUCCUCCCAGCACUCACUAUUGCACAGUGCACACACAUUCUCUCAGACAGGGGGGUCAGGAUGAGGAUGGCACUCAUGAAGGAACCCCUGCUGUUCUUUAUGUUGCUGGGCUGUAUGCACCACACUACUCAACUGAAGAAAGCUACCAGAUGUCCUUCCACAUGCAGCUGCACCAAGGAAUCAGUCAUAUGUGUCGGCUCUUCCUGGAUCCCCAGGACCAUUCCCAGCGACAUCAGCUCCUUGAGUCUGGUGAAUGGGACAUUUUCUGAGAUCAAAGACCGAAUGUUUUCUCAUCUGCCUUCCCUGCAGCUGCUCUUGCUGAAUUCUAACUCAUUUACUGUCAUACGAGACGAUGCCUUUGCUGGUCUCUUUCACCUCGAAUACCUGUUUGUUGAAGGAAAUAAAAUAGAAACCAUUUCCAGACAUGGUUUUCGUGGCCUUCGAGAUCUCACUCACCUCUCUCUGGCCAAUAACCACAUUAAGACUCUGCCAAGAGACAUCUUCAGUGAUUUAGAUUCCCUCAUCGAGCUGGAUUUACGGGGCAAUAUGUUUGAGUGUGACUGCAAAGCCAAAUGGCUGUUUUCUUGGCUGAAGAUGACGAACUCCACCGUGUCUGAUGUGCUUUGCUCUGGUCCUUCUCAAUAUCAAGGAAAGAAACUGAAUGAUGUGACAAGCUUUGAUUCAGAAUGCAUAACAACAGAUUUUGUUGUCCAACAGAUAUUGACCUAUCAGUCUGUGUCAGUGGAUACAUUUCAGUAUAAGAAUGAUGUAUUUGUGUCAAUAGCACAGCCAAGCAUGGAAAAUUGCAUGAUUCUUGAGUGGGACCAUAUUGAAAUGAACUUCAGAAGCUACGACAAUAUAACAGGUCAGUCGAUUGUUGGAUGCAAAGCCAUACUUAUUGAUGACCAGGUGUUCAUGGUGGUAGCUCAGCUGUUUGGGGGCUCUCACAUAUACAAGUAUGAUGAAAGUUGGGCCAAGUUCACCAAGUUUCAAGACAUUGAAGUCUCCCGUAUAUCCAAACCCAAUGAUAUCGAACUUUUUCAAAUUGAAGGUGAAACAUUUUUUGUGAUUGCUGACAGCUCAAAGGCUGGUCUGACUACAGUGUAUAAGUGGAAUGGGAAAGGGUUUUAUUCCUAUCAGUCUCUCCAUGAAUGGUUCCGAGACACUGAUGCAGAAUUAGUUGAAAUUGAUAAUAAGCCUCAUCUUGUGCUAUCCAGCCGAUCUCAAGUACCUCUUAUUUUGCAGUGGAACAAAAGUACAAAGAAAUUCACCCCCCAUAGUGACAUCCCAAACAUGGAAGACGUUCUAGCAGUUAAGAGCUUCAAGAUGAAAGAUGAACUUUAUAUUGCAUUGACAAGAUUUAUUGGGGACUCCAAAAUUAUGAAAUGGAAUGCAAAGCAAUUUGUUGAGAUUCAGGCUCUACCAUCCCGUGGAGCAAUGGCAUUGCAACCAUUUACCUUUAAAGAUAGGCAUUACUUAGCAUUGGGCAGCGAUUAUACUUUUUCACAGAUUUACCAGUGGGAUCCUGAGAAAAAGACUUUUGAGAAGUUCAAAGAAGUCUAUAUCCAAGCACCUCGUUCAUUCACAGCCGUAUCUACUGAUCGACGGGAUUUUGUCUUUGCCUCCAGCUUUAAAGGGAACACUCAGAUCUUCGAACAUGUCAUUGUUGACCUGAGCUUGUAACAUGCCAAUCAACAUAUAGACUAGGUCAACAAAAUGUCCCAAGAAGAGAAACAGGAAAACAAUGAUGUAUGUAUGAAUUGCAUAUCUGUACAUACACCCAGUCUGCACUUUUGAGAGCAUACUUUGGUUAUUAGCAUGACACUAUUCAUCUAUCAUUUUUAAUAACUUUCAAUCUUUUUGUAACCAAUACUAAGUGACUGCUUGGGACGGAUCUAACAAACAUAGGCAAAUAUAGCUUUUGAAGUGUCAGAAUAAGCUAUUUCUGCAAUAUACAGAUAUUAUCUGGCUUGCUAUAAAGGAGCCUUUAGUAGUC